AUGGAGUCUCUCUCAAAGCCGCUGGAGACAGACAAAGCACUGUCGGCAACGUUGCCCAUGGAAGGCAAGCGUCAUGUAUAUGACUCGCAGGGGCCCACCAAAGAGUACAGAGGCUUUUUUGCCCCACUCCUACGUCUGGAGGCAUGGAUGGACCGCAAGAUGGGUGUUGAGACGGAGGCCAUUGAGCGUAAACGUCCCGAGGAUCGCAAGCCUCUAAAAUGGUACUAUGAACUGGAUAUGAUAUUUCUAUGGGCCUCAAGUACGAUGAAUUUGUCUAGCUUCGCGACGGGUAUGCUCGGCUGGCAAUUUGGCUUGGACUUAAAGCAGGCGCUCAUCUGCAUCUUCUUUGGCUUGUUUAUAGGCUGCGCUGUAACGGCAUACUGUACGACUUUCGGCGCUGCGAUGGGUCUUCGUCAAAUGUCCAUUUCGCGGUAUAGUUUCGGAUGGUUUCCCAACAAGCUUCCUGCGCUUCUCAAUACCAUCCAGCAGAUUGGUUGGUCGGCUGUAGGGUGCAUUACCGGUGGCCUCGCGCUAGUUGCCGUGGCGGACGGCGGGAUCUCGGUGAUUGUGGGCAUCAUUAUUAUUGCUGUGGUAUCGCUGUUCAUUGGUCUCUUUGGGAUUCGUGUCCUUCUUUCUCUUCAGCGAUAUGCGUGGAUUUUAUUCUUGAUCGUUUUUUUGAUCAUCAUCGGCGAGACAGGCGGGUUUGCCGACAAUCACACGCCUGCCAAGGCACAAGGAACGACGCCGCUGGCCGGUGCCGUUCUGUCGUUCCUGGCGGUUGUGUAUGGCUGGAGUGCGUCGUGGUCGCCCCUCGCAUCUGAUUAUUACAUCGUGUACCGUGCAGACAUCAAUCGCGGGAAGGUGUUUGCCUUUUCGUUCAUCGGGAUCCUCCUCUCUACAUGCAUUAGCAUGUGGUCGGGCGCUCUCAUAGCCAGCGCCCUCAACACACAUCCUGACUGGCGGGCAACGUACCAGGACAAUGGCCUCGGCUUCCUUCUGCGCGAUAUGCUGUACCCCACAGGCUUUGCCAAGUUCCUUCUUGUGAUGCUCGUGCUCGCCAGCAUUAGCAUGAACAGUCUCAGCACGUACAGUGCGCCCCUCAGUCUCAUGCAGGUAUCGCCCUGGCUGGGGUACAUUCCCCGUGUGAUUUGGCAGGUCGUCAUGUUUGGCAUUGUCAUUGCGUUGGGCCUCGCUGGCCGCGAGAGGCUGGACGCCUACCUUGUCAACUUUUUGGAC